AUGACGAAUGUCCUGUCGUCUCUCCAGUUGCUCAUCAAAUGCUUGAUGGCGAGUAUCGAUAUGCUCUUCUGGACGUUCUGCUUGCUUACCUUCUUGCAGUGUGUGGCGGGCAUGAUCGUCAGCACACUCUGCCGCGACUUCAUUGAGAACCCAGAAUUCCUCCUCGCGACACGUGAAGAAGUUUACCGUUAUUAUGGCAGCUUUACACGUACCUUCUUGACGAUGUUUGAAAUCUUAUUCGCCAAUUGGGCCCCACCCUGUAGAGUCCUCGUGGACAACGUGAGCGAAUGGUUCUCUCUGUUUUUCCUGGUUUACCGAUGCAUCAUUGGAUUUGCAGUGUUGAAUGUCGUAAAUGCGGUCUUCGUGCAGCAGACCAUGAAAACAGCCAGCUUCGACGAAGAACUGGCCUUCAAACAGAAGGAGAGGGACGUCAUAACAUACACCAACAAGGUUCGAAGGAAGCGCAUUAAAACCUUGGCCGAAGUGCGAAGCGAUAGUGCUUCGCCCAUGCUGGGGUACUCCGACUUUCUGAAAGCCACGCUUGUUGUGGAGAGUGUUGGCGAGUCGCAAGUCCAGCCGGGCCUCCCUGUGCAGACGAGAAGGGUUAAGCUAGCGUACGUGCCAGCUGACCCAGACCAUCUCAGGGCUCAGUCCAUAAAUCGCGUUCGACUUAUGAUCGAAAGCGAUUUGUCAGCGACAAAGCUCGGGAAGGUGCUCUACGAGUUAGCGUCCGACCUUGGCAAUGAGGGUAAGAUCGCGGCAACGCUGACCGACACCUUUGCGAAGAAAGCGCCUGCGACAUUGUACAAAAGAACAUCCUCGCUGUGGGCUUAUUUCAAAAGGAAUUCCCGUGGGGAUUACAGAGCCACGCUGCACCUGACAGAGGCGCGCGUGUACGAAUAUGUGUCAGAGCUUCGGGAAGAAGCGGGAGCAUCUGCAGCCAAACACUUUACGGAAGCUCUCAACUUCUUCAGCGCGCUGGUCGGAUUCCUUAAGUUUGACGUCGUCGAGAUCUUAAGUCCCCGAGUCAAAGGUGUCGUCCACUCUGCGCUCGCUGCAAAGCGCCCAAGAAAACAAGCGAGGCCGUUGACAGCUGCUGAAGUCAAGGGUUUGGAAGAGCUGGUUCUGAAGUCACUCGACGAGUUCGUCAAAAUGGCUGCAGGAUUUUGCUUAUUUUGCUUGGCAAACGCGGGCCGCUGGAGUGACGCUCAAGCUGCUGAGGGGUUGAAGCUGGACACUUCUGGCCGUCGACCAGUUAUCGAAGCCGGGACUUUCAGGCAUAAGACUGCGUCAAGUGCCGAGCGUAAAACAACUCUUCUGCCUUAUGUUGGAUUUGGCCGUCUGUUGGCGAACAAUGCUUGGGCCAAAACCUGGUUGGAUGUGGUGCAACAGGUCAAAACCAAGGUCCGCUGUGAAGGGUUUCUGAUGCCAGCUUUUUCGGAGAAAACAGGCCGUUGGCUACCCAGGAAGAUGUCCUCGGGCGAGGGCACUCUGGUCCUUCGAGACCUGCUAGCAAUAACCCAGACGUCAGACGAAGGAGCGCCGUUGCCAACAACGCAUUCGUUGAAAGCAACUAUCCUGAGUUGGGCGUGCAAGCAUGGUACACUAUCCCUGCAAGAGCGCAUGGUGUUAGGCCAUCAUUUGGACAAGCCUUCUGUCUCAGCGCUGACCUAUGGAAGAGCGAAUUUUGUGGAGCCUCUACGCAAGCUUCAUCAAUUGCUGCUGGAAGUCGAACAAGGCCGCUUCGCUCCCGAUGCUAAACCGUCAGCGCUCAUCACUGCAGAACUGGAACAAUUGGAUGAGAAAACUGAAGAGUUCGAGCGGUUGAUGGGCGGCGACGCUCCAUUGGAUGCAGACUCUGCCUCCGAAGUGGAUGAUGCAGGGGAUGCAGAAGAGCAGGCCGAAGAAGUGGCAGAAGAGCAAUGUUUUACCCCCAUCCCGCUGUCAGCGUGCACCUCCCGGGAGUCCGAGAUGCGUGCAGAUAAGAAAGACCCUGUGGCCCUCCGCAUCGAAGGCACCAUUCGCAUAACCAAGACGGCUGCGCUGCCACACGCAGACACAAGCACGGAACUGCAUGUGCGUGCGUGCAUGCAAAGGAGGGCGUUGGCGAUGCAGAUGGCCGGUGUGGCAACCUUCUCGGUGCUAGACUCAUGGAUCACGAAACUGUUUGCGCACAUGAUGAAACCUACUCUCACGAACAUGAAGCCUCCCAGUUUGCACCAGUUGCUUGACGCAGAUAAGACGCUCUGGAUGCUUGUGGCGCAGAACACGAGGGGAGAAAUGCUUACUGCAGGCCCCGUGCUGCCCAUAGAUCAUGCGAUUAAAACCCUGCAAGAUUGCCCAGAUGUGUCCUUCUGCUUGUUGCCGCAGAGGGGGGGUAGUUCGAAGCGCAGGCUCAGCCCGGAUUCCGAUUCCGGAGAUGAGCCGGAAGGUGGGAAGCGAAAGAAGAAGAAGAAAAAGGGGGGCAAGGCCAAGGAGGACAAGAAAACUGAUCCGCCUCCAGGCCCGCCUGGGCCUCGCCUGCCGAAGCUGGACCUCCCCAAAGGUGCCAGGACAAAGGACGAAGACAAAAAGCCGCUGUGCUUCGGCUACAGCAGAGGCACAUGCCCACAUCAGGACAAGGAGAAGUGCAGCCGCGGGCACCACCGUUGCUGGUUCUGCUUGGGAAACCAUCCAGGCAAAGAGUGCCCAAAGAAAAGCAACAGCGAGUGGGUUUCUGGAAAAGUAGGGAAUAAUGUAGAACUUCCCACUUCGGCAGAGCAAGCGUUGCGCUACGAGAAGAACUAUGCUGAGGAGCCGUCAACGACCUUUGUCCAUGCUGACGAAGCAGAGGAUCUUGUUGGUAUCUACCGAACACCGCUGCAGACGGUGCAAGCAUGCCUAAAGCUACGGCACCCGAUUGAAUUUGCAUCGCCAGUGCCGGACCUCCUAAUGCGUUGCGUCGUAGAUGUCUUGAACAUGGGCCCAGUAGCGACCGUGAACCACCGGACGGCUGCCUUGAAAUCCAUCCUCGGACGUAGGGGUGAACUUGCGAGCAAGGAAGCUGCAGUACACGCUGCCUUACAUCCUGACUUGAAAGCCUGCCUCCGUGGGAAGCAGACUUGCUUGUGGCAUGAACUCUUGCAGCAGACUGGCUUUCCUGACCUGCAGCUUGUUGACGAUGUGCGACAGGGUUUUGAGGCUGUGUGGAGGCGCCAAAAAGUUGUCAGCUCGUGCCGUCCUAGUGACGAUGCGAACCUGGACGAAGAGCUAUGGCAGCAGACCAUGGCCGAGUGCGAGAAAGGGUGGGUCUCCGGGCCGUACAUGAGUGAAGCAGAAGUGUCUCGCGAAUCGCGUGUGGCCUUGUCCACCGGUGAGACGUUGAACUGUGCUGUGCACCCGUCGUGGGGUAAAGACUUCAAUCUCGUAGGCCGCACUCUAGACCUGUCGUCUGCUUACAAGCAACUGGGCAUGAAACCAGAGGCCCAGCUCGUGAGGCCACUCGUGGCUUGGUCUCCGCAACAUAAGCAGCCGGUGUUUUUCAUAGCCAGUGCACUCAUGUUUGGCACCACGGGGUCUGUGUUCGCCUUCAACCGUGCCGCCCUCUCGCUGUGGCACUUGGCCGUGUCGCUAGGCAAGACUUGGAUAACGUGCUACUUUGAUGACUUUCCAGGUGUAGAGCUCACUCGUGUGGCUGGCUCGAGCCGGAGCUUCCUGGAAGGCCUGCUCAAAGCUUUAGGCUGGUCGUUCGCAGAGACAGGUAAGAAAGCUUUACCAUAUGCUCCAGUCUUCCAUGCCUUGGGGGUCACUUUAGAUGUUAGCUCUUGCGGAAGCGGCAAACUCACUGUGGGCAACAAGAAGUCCCGUGUGGAGGAGUUGAAACGUGAUGCUGUACGCAUCCUUGAUGCAGGCUCGAUCUCCAGGCAGGAAGCCGCAGCUUUCCAUGGAAGGCUGAAUUUCGCACAGGGACAGCUCUUCGGAUGCAUCAUGAAGCCGGCCAUGCAAUUGCUGUCGAAAUGGGCAGAACGCCAAUGUGCAAAAGGCGAUGCGAAAGUGCUUGCGUCUGUCAUGACGUAA